GUUAAUUUUCCAUUUUUGGUUGCUAAUAGGAUAUUUAAGAUUUUUUUUUUGUAAAUAUGUUUAAAGCUAACUUUUUAAGAAAUUGUAUCAAGCACUAUUGUGGAAAGUCGAGUACUUUCAGAUAUGUUCAUAUUAGCCAAGCCAAUGUUAUUGGGAAUCCAAUAGAUAGCUCAUCAGACGAGUAUAAGGAAAACAUGACCGAAAUGAAGAAAGUAGUUACCCAUCUUAGAAACGUAACAAGAGACGUAUUAAAAGGUGGAGGAGCACAUGCAAUUGAGAGACAUACAUCUAGAGGGAAAUUACUUGUUCGUGAUAGGAUAGAACGUCUAAUAGAUCCAGGAACAACAUUUCUUGAGUUCAGUGCCUUAGCCGGUUAUGAACUCUACGGACAGGAAAUUGUUAAUGCUGGGGGUAUUAUUACAGGAGUAGGAAGAGUUUAUGGAACGGAAUGUGUUAUUGUUGGAAAUGAUGCUACAGUGAAAGGUGGUACAUAUUAUCCUAUCACGGUAAAAAAGCAUUUAAGAGCGCAAGAAAUUGCACAAGAAAACCAUUUACCUUGCAUUUAUUUAGUUGACUCUGGCGGAGCUAAUUUGCCGCGCCAAUCUGACGUGUUUCCAGAUAAAUUACAUUUUGGUAGAAUAUUUUUUAAUCAAGCAAAUAUGUCCUCAAUGGGUAUUCCACAAAUUGCUGUCGUUAUGGGCAGCUGCACUGCAGGUGGAGCAUAUGUUCCUGCUAUGGCCGACGAAAGUAUAAUAGUAAAAAAGCAAGGAACAAUAUUUUUAGCUGGACCUCCAUUAGUAAAAGCGGCUACCGGCGAAAUAGUUUCUGCUGAAGAACUGGGUGGAGCUGAUUUACAUUGCAAAACGUCUGGUGUAACAGAUCAUUUUGCAACUGAUGAUGAACAUGCUCUUUAUUUGGCACGACAAACAAUAAGAAAUUUAAAUCUACCUUCUUCAAAUAAUUAUAAUGAAAGUCUUCUUUAUUCAUCAAAGAAUUUGUCAAAAAACGCAAAAGAAGGACUGGAAGACACGGAAGAGCCCUUAUACGAUGCCAAAGAGCUUUAUGGAAUAGUUGGCACAAAUUUAUUAAGAAGUUUUGAUGUAAGAGAAGUAAUUGCACGUAUAUUUGAUGGCAGUAGAUUUAACGAAUUUAAAGCUAUGUAUGGCGAAACACUGGUUUGUGGUUUUGCAAAGUUGUACGGGAAUUUAGUUGGAGUUAUAGGUAAUAACGGAGUACUUUUUUCUGAAAGUGCUCUUAAAGGAGCCCAUUUUAUUCAAUUGUGCGCCAAGAGAAAUAUUCCUCUAAUAUUUCUCCAAAAUAUCACUGGAUUUAUGGUUGGCAGAGAUGCUGAAGCAAAUGGUAUAGCUAAAAAUGGAGCUAAAAUGGUUACAGCUGUAGCAUGUGCAAAAGUUCCUAAACUCACGGUCAUAAUUGGGGGAUCAUACGGAGCUGGAAACUAUGGCAUGUGUGGUCGAGCAUACUCACCAAGAUUCUUAUAUAUGUGGCCAAAUGCUAAAAUAUCAGUCAUGGGUGGUAGUCAAGCAGCAAACGUUCUGGCGCAAAUUACCAAAGAUCAAUAUGAACGAGCAGGAAAGACUUUUUCCGAAGAAGAAAGCAACAAACUUAAAGCACCAAUAAUUGAACAAUUCGAAACAGAAGGUUCCCCAUAUUACAGCUCCGCAAGACUUUGGGAUGAUGGAAUCAUUGAUCCUGCUGAUACUAGAAAAAUUUUGGGCUUAAGUUUGAACGCUGCUUUAAAUAAUGCCUCCGAAAAGACAAAUUUUGGAAUUUUCCGUAUGUAAUAAAAAUUACGUUUUAAAGCCAAAAAAAAAAUAUCUUAUGAGAAAAAGUGCAUUUACUAGGAUUUAGGCUAGUGUUACUGUAAACAAUACAUUGUUUUUUAAAAACGUUAUUUGCAAGUUUAUUUUUGAUAACAAUAUUGUACAUAUUUAGAUAAAAUAUAAUACAUAUUCGAA